AUGUCUGGUAGAUUAAUAAUCCAAGUACGCUCAGAUGCACCUCGAAUCUAUAGAAGGUUGGCUAGAUAUAUUAACCAACCCAUUCAGUCGUUGGCACUUCAGUUAUAUUAUAUUCAUCGUCGGAUAAGAGGAGACGACAUCUUACAACUAAGCGUCCGUAGAAUUGCUGCUAAUCGUGAGUCUUCAUAUAUACGCCUAUCGACUCGUUACAUUUGGCUACGCCUUUUAAACCGAAAUCAAAAAAGAAUCUACGCGGAAAUUGCGAGACAGGUUAACAUGUCUAGAUUAACGAUGCCAGCGAGGUCUAGAAGAAAUCGAGUAAGAACACUAAGAACACCUUUAGAACAAAAUCAAGCAACCGUUCUAAGAAAUUCUUUUCUCGCUGAACCACCACAGAAUCAAAUGGCCCAAGACCAGGACGAAAGAGAAAUUUUGAAUUCGGAUCUAUUUAACGGAUCCCCACAACAAUUCUGUUUUUUUGGAUCCACGCCCUCUCAAUGA